CCUUUCUUUACCCUGUACAAAACUACACCAUGGAGGCUCCAGUCUUCAAAAUAUGGACCAGUAAACAAAGAGCAAGCUGUUUCUAGACAAAUAUCAAAAAUUCCAUCUCAGCAGUUAAAUCCCACGUAUGAUGAGGCUCUGCAAGAGUUGGGAGCAGCUGGGGGUCAGUCUGAGCACAUCCCUGUUAGUAAAUAUAUUUGUGAGAUCAUUACAUCAACUGAAUUACCCAGGGACUGCAAACAAAAACAAAAAGAAAUAAUAAUGACAGAUUUUGAAGAGACUUUGUUGGAAUCAGAGCAUAGUGAGGCAGAUUUCAGAGAAAUCGCAGUGGAGCUUGAUCAAGGACCUGUGGAUUAUACUUCCCAUUCUGCAUCUUCAACAUCAUUUCCAUUGUUGCAACCAUCAAACAAAACAGCUUCUGACAAUGUCAAACUAGCACAAACUUUAUCAGAAACAGAAAAUCUACAUUGUGAGACAGAAAUACCGAUCCCUGAAGCCAAGGCAAAAUCUAUGUGUGAACUGCCAAGUAACCAAAGGCCAAGUGAGGAGUACAUGAAGCAACAUGUUGAGGAGAUUUCUGCUAAAUUCUACAGAGCCCUCUUUGGUGAAGAUUAUGUCGAGGCAACGACUCUUGGCAAAGAUGUUAACAUAGUUACAGAGAGUUUUAAACCAUCUGAAUAUGAGCGCUUCACUGUGAAUAAAUUAGAUGCAGCAGAGGCCUCAAAUAUUGAUCAAGUUGCUUUUGAGUUGUCUUCAGAAGUAAAUAAAAAAUCUACUCUUCCGUCCUUAGAAACAACCAACACAAAUAUUUCCAAGAAGGACCUGCAAAUCAUUAAGACGGUUUGUGGCUCACCCCCCAAACAGCUGUUAACUAGUCAUGAGGGUGAAAUUGUAGCAAGUGAUGACUCUACACUCACUCAGAUGUCACUUGUCUCAGCAACUGGGCAGACAAAUUCUUUAUCAAAUCCUAUCAUGGAUGAGCCAGAAUUUCUAAAGUUCACUACUGAAUUUGAAGUACACAUACCUGAGUCAAGUGGAACAAGUUCCCAUUAUGAAUCCAGUGUCCUGUCUAUACCAGUUUCAGACUAUAGAUCUUUUCUGCAAGCUGAAUUGAUUUCACCAACUGAGCAUAGAUCAUCAUCACCAGUUUCUGUAUUUGAAUAUGACACUGAAUUGGAAUUAUGUAUGCAAGAAUAUAGAUCCUUAUCACCUCAAUCUACUGUUUCAUUACCACCAGACUCACCUAUUUCAUAUGAGUACAGAUCAGGCUCACUAGAUUCAUGUGUGCUGAUAGAUACAUUCAGAGCCUGUUCAGGUGAAUCUAUUGCAUCGAGUACUGAACAGAAACUAUAUCCUGAUUCUCCUAUACCUGAUUUUAGACCACAUUCACCAGAGUGUGAAUACACAGCACCUAUGCAGGUAGACACACCUAGGAUUUCAAAUCAGUUGUGCUUUUUUGAAAUGCAUGAGUCAAACAUGGAAUUAAGUUCACAAAAAUCUUUUUUAAUGGAUAGCGAUGAAAUAUAUAGACCAGUUUCACCAGGUUCAUGGAUUGAAUGUAGAUCAUUUACACCUGAAUCAAAUGGAUCUUUUCCUCCUGGGUCCUUUACCACUGACAAGUUAGACAGAGACUUAUCUCCUGAGAUUCCCCAGGACUCUGAGCAAUGUUCUUGGACUUCUGAUAUCUGUGUGGAUAGAGCAUCUGGACCUGGAUCAACAGAAUCGUUGAAUGAGUAUAUGUCACUUUCUUGUGAUUCACCAAUACAAAGCUUUACACCAGAAGUAUAUGACUAUUUUAAACAAGUGAAGGGAUCUAUAUCGUCAUCGCCUCAAUCUGCAGUUUCAGAUUUAGGUUAUGAACUGUCAGAAUGGUUGUUUGAAGAUCGACCAUUAUCUCCUGAAUCGGCAGUAUCAGUCAAUGAAUGUAGAUGCCUUUCCCCUGAUUUACCUCUACCUAGCUUUGUUCAAAAUCUAAAUGAAUUCACAUCUAUAAAAGAAUGUAGAUUUUCAGAUGAGUGCCAACAUUUUUCACCUGAAUCAUUGUCAUCUGUAAAAGAACACAUACCUCUUUCACCUGAAUCCACAUUAUCAAGCUUUUCAUUACCAAUUUGUACAGUGAAUACAUCUUUAGGAUAUCACUCUGAAUCCCUUGAGUCAGAUCUUUCAGACAGAGUGCACAAGUUGGUCUCACCCACACCACUGUUAGAAAAUCAGCCAUCUAUACCAGAUUCAACAUCAUCACUAAAUAUCUCAGAUUCUACUAAAGCUGUAAGCAAACAGACAGCACACAUGGAAUUUGAAAAAGAAUUAACAUCCAGUGAAUAUACCUUUGAAAAUAUCACAAAAUCACAGAGUUUACAAUUAUCUGCUAAGGUAAAUGGAAAAAAAUGUCGAAAGAUAAAAAAAUUAUCGAAAAAUGUAACACAAGUAAAAAGUUUACAGUUACCUGAACAGCUUGAAUCUUCUUUAACAUAUAGGCUUUGUAGUCCCAUUGACUGUAAAUUGACUGAAAAUAUUCAGAACUUAACUACUGACUCAUGUGAUUCUGGGUCUAAUCAACAAGCAAAAACAAUUAGGUUGUUUGAAGCUAGGCCUAGUGUAAUAGGGAAUACCCAAAACCCAUUCUACAAUGUAACAAUGUUGACCAAGGUAAGUGAAGUUGCAGCAACUAAGAGAAAAUCGCAUAAUCUUAUUAGUAAAGUACAUGAUCCCCAGUACAAAGGCCCUAACACAACUCAUUUUGACUACAGUGUGAAAACAGAUGAGAAUACACCAUUAUCACCUGAUUCCCCUAUACAACAGUCAAGACAAUUUUUUCCUGAAAGUGGUUUGUCAGUUUGUGGACCCAGUUUGCCCAAACCAGUAUGGUCAAAUUCAAAUGAAAAUGAAUCAGUUGCUAUGGGACUGUUUGUCAUCGAGCAAAAGACAGAGUCAACAAAUUCAUUUCAAUCAGAAUUUGAAACUAGACCCCUUAGCCCUGACUCCAUCCCAGAGUACAGACCUAUGUCACCUGAAUCUAUGAUCUUAGCAUUAGACAUAAAACAAUCUUCACCAGAUCCAUUUAGUCCAUGUAGACCACUAUCUCCAGAUUCACCAAUACCACAGUACUCAGAAAUGUACUUUAAACUAGUACCAGUCACAACAUCUAGAUCAUCCUCACUUGAAUCUUUAGCAUCAAGUACAGAUUAUGACUUAAACAUUUUGAGUUCCAUAAAUUCUGAUUGUAGGUCCUCACCUAAGUCUGUAGCAUCAUCAGUUGCCAAUGAGUGCUUACCCCCUGAUUCACCUAUACCAGAUUUUAGAUGUUUGCUUCCCGAGCAGGCAUUUUCAGGUUUUGGGUAUAGAUCAUGUUCACCUGAAUCGGCAUGUUCCAAUUCAGUAGAACUUGAAACAUUUCCAAGAGACAUGUUUAUUGUUGCACAAAGACCAGAGUCACCUGACUCAUUUCAAUCAGAAUUUGAAGCUAGACCCCUUAGCCCUUACUCUAUCCCGGAAUACAGACCUAUGUCACCUGAAUCUAUGAAUUUAGCAUCACACAUUAGAGGAUCUUCACUAGAUUCAUUUAGUGCAUCUAGACCACAGUCUUCCGAUUCACCGAUCCCACAGUACUCAGGUUUGUUCUGUGAGUUAAUGCCAACUUUAGAACAUAGAUUAUCAUCUCCUGUGUCUAUGGCUUCAGAUAAUAAUUAUGACGAAGAUGAUUAUGAGUUAAAUGCUGUUAAUCAGACAGUAUCUAGAGCAUCAUCACUUGAUUUAUCAACAGAUGAAAACAGACCAUUGUCACCUGAUUCACCUAUACAGCAGUUUAGACCAUUCUUUCCUGAGGGUAGUUUGCCAGUUUAUGGGUAUAGAUCAUGUUCUCCCGAAUCGUUGUGUUCUAAUUCCAUCCCUGAGUACAGACCUAUGUCACCUGAAUCUAUGAACUUAGCAUCAGACAUUAGAGAAUCUUCACCAGAUUCAUUUAGUGCAUGCAGACCACUGUCUCCAGAUUCACCAAUACCACAAUACUCAGGUUUGUUCUGUGAGUUAAUGCCAACAUUAGAACAUAGAUUAUCCUCUCCUGUGUCUAUGGCUUCAGAUAAUAAUUAUGACGAAGAUGAAGAUGAUUAUGAGUUAAAUGCUGUUAAUCAGACAGUAUCUAGAGCAUCAUCACUUGAUUUAUCAACAGAUGAAAACAGACCAUUGUCACCUGAUUCACCUAUACAGCAGUUUAGACCAUUCUUUCCUGAGGGUAGUUUGCCAGUUUCUGGGUAUAGAUCAUGUUCAUCCGAAUCAUUGUGUUCUAAUCCAAUAGAAAAUGAAACAUUUGCUGACAGACUGUUUGUCACUGAACAAAGACCAGAGUCACCUGAGUCAUUUCAAUCAGAAUUUGAAGCUAGACCCCUUAGCACUGACUCUGUCCCUGAGUACAGACCUAUGUCACCUGAAUCUAUGAACUUAGCAUCAGACUUCAGAGGUUCUUCACCAGAUUCAAUUAGUGCAUGUAGACCACUGUCUCCUGAUUCGCCAAUACCACAGUACUCAGGUUUGUUCUGUAAGUUAAUGCCAAUAAUAGAACAUAGAUUGUCCUCUCCUGUGUCUAUGGCUUCAGAUAAUAAUUAUGACGAAGAUGAAGAUGAUUAUGAGUUACAUUCUGUUACUCAGACAGUAUCUAGAGCAUCUUCACCUGAUUUAUCAACAGAUGAAAACAGACCAUUGUCACCUGAUUCACCUAUACAGCAGUUUAGACCAUUCUUUCCUGAGGGUAGUUUGUCAGUUUCUGGGUAUAGAUCAUGUUCUCCCGAAUCGUUGUGUUCUAAUUCCAUCCCUGAGUACAGACCUGUCUCACCUCAAUCUAUGAACUUAGCUUCAGACAUUAGAGAAUCUUCACCAGAUUCAUUUAGUGCAUGCAGACCACUGUCUCCAGAUUCGCCAAUACCACAAUACUCAGGUUUGUUCUGUGAGUUAAUGCCAAUAAUAGAACAUAGAUUGUCCUCUCCUAUGUCUAUGGCUUCAGAUAAUAAUUAUGACGAAGAUGAUUAUGAGUUAAAUGCUGUUAAUCAGACAGUAUCUAGAGCAUCAUCACUUGCUUUAUCAACAGAUGAAAACAGACCAUUGUCACCUGAUUCACCUAUACAGCAGUUUAGACCAUUCUUUCCUGAGGGUAGUUUGCCAGUUUAUGGGUAUAGAUCAUGUUCUCCCGAAUCGUUGUGUUCUAAUUCCAUCCCUGAGUACAGACCUAUGUCACCUGAAUCUAUGAAAGCAUCAGACAUUAGAGAAUCUUCACCAGAUUCAUUUAGUGCAUGCAGACCACUGUCUCCAGAUUCACCAAUACCACAAUACUCAGGUUUGUUCUGUGAGUUAAUGCCAACAUUAGAACAUAGAUUAUCCUCUCCUGUGUCUAUGGCUUCAGAUAAUAAUUAUGACGAAGAUGAAGAUGAUUAUGAAUUAAAUGCUGUUAAUCAGACAGUAUCUAGAGCAUCAUCACUUGAUUUAUCAACAGAUGAAAACAGACCAUUGUCACCUGAUUCACCUAUACAGCAGUUUAGACCAUUCUUUCCUGAGGGUAGUUUGCCAGUUUCUGGGUAUAGAUCAUGUUCACCCGAAUCGUUGUGUUCUAAUUCCAUCCCUGAGUACAGACGUAUGUCACCUGAAUCUAUGAACUUAGCAUCAGACAUUAGAGAAUCUUCACCAGAUUCAUUUAGUGCAUUCAGACUACUGUCUCCAGAUUCGCCAAUACCACAAUACUCUGGAUUAUUCUGUGAUUUAAUGCCAAUAAUCGAACAUAGAUUAUCAUCUUCUGUGUCUAUGGCUUCAUAUAAUAAUUAUGACGAAGAUGAUUAUGAAUUAAAUGCUGUUAAUCAGACAGUAUCUAGAGCAUCAUCACUUGAUUUAUCAACAGAUGAAAACAGACCAUUGUCACCUGAUUCACCUAUACAGCAGUUUAGACCAUUCUUUCCUGAGGGUAGUUUGCCAGUUUAUGGGUAUAGAUCAUGUUCUCCCGAAUCGUUGUGUUCUAAUUCCAUCCCUGAGUACAGACCUAUGUCACCUGAAUCUAUGAACUUAGCAUCAGACAUUAGAGAAUCUUCACCAGAUUCAUUUAGUGCAUGCAGACCACUGUCUCCAGAUUCACCAAUACCACAAUACUCAGGUUUGUUCUGUGAGUUAAUGCCAACAUUAGAACAUAGAUUAUCCUCUCCUGUGUCUAUGGCUUCAGAUAAUAAUUAUGACGAAGAUGAAGAUGAUUAUGAGUUAAAUGCUGUUAAUCAGACAGUAUCUAGAGCAUCAUCACUUGAUUUAUCAACAGAUGAAAACAGACCAUUGUCACCUGAUUCACCUAUACAGCAGUUUAGACCAUUCUUUCCUGAGGGUAGUUUGCCAGUUUCUGGGUAUAGAUCAUGUUCAUCCGAAUCAUUGUGUUCUAAUCCAAUAGAAAAUGAAACAUUUGCUGACAGACUGUUUGUCACUGAACAAAGACCAGAGUCACCUGAGUCAUUUCAAUCAGAAUUUGAAGCUAGACCCCUUAGCACUGACUCUGUCCCUGAGUACAGACCUAUGUCACCUGAAUCUAUGAACUUAGCAUCAGACUUCAGAGGUUCUUCACCAGAUUCAAUUAGUGCAUGUAGACCACUGUCUCCUGAUUCGCCAAUACCACAGUACUCAGGUUUGUUCUGUAAGUUAAUGCCAAUAAUAGAACAUAGAUUGUUCUCUCCUGUGUCUAUGGCUUCAGAUAAUAAUUAUGACGAAGAUGAAGAUGAUUAUGAGUUACAUUCUGUUACUCAGACAGUAUCUAGAGCAUCUUCACCUGAUUUAUCAACAGAUGAAAACAGACCAUUGUCACCUGAUUCACCUAUACAGCAGUUUAGACCAUUCUUUCCUGAGGGUAGUUUGUCAGUUUCUGGGUAUAGAUCAUGUUCUCCCGAAUCGUUGUGUUCUAAUUCCAUCCCUGAGUACAGACCUGUCUCACCUCAAUCUAUGAACUUAGCUUCAGACAUUAGAGAAUCUUCACCAGAUUCAUUUAGUGCAUGCAGACCACUGUCUCCAGAUUCGCCAAUACCACAAUACUCAGGUUUGUUCUGUGAGUUAAUGCCAAUAAUAGAACAUAGAUUGUCCUCUCCUAUGUCUAUGGCUUCAGAUAAUAAUUAUGACGAAGAUGAUUAUGAGUUAAAUGCUGUUAAUCAGACAGUAUCUAGAGCAUCAUCACUUGCUUUAUCAACAGAUGAAAACAGACCAUUGUCACCUGAUUCACCUAUACAGCAGUUUAGACCAUUCUUUCCUGAGGGUAGUUUGCCAGUUUAUGGGUAUAGAUCAUGUUCUCCCGAAUCGUUGUGUUCUAAUUCCAUCCCUGAGUACAGACCUAUGUCACCUGAAUCUAUGAAAGCAUCAGACAUUAGAGAAUCUUCACCAGAUUCAUUUAGUGCAUGCAGACCACUGUCUCCAGAUUCACCAAUACCACAAUACUCAGGUUUGUUCUGUGAGUUAAUGCCAACAUUAGAACAUAGAUUAUCCUCUCCUGUGUCUAUGGCUUCAGAUAAUAAUUAUGACGAAGAUGAAGAUGAUUAUGAAUUAAAUGCUGUUAAUCAGACAGUAUCUAGAGCAUCAUCACUUGAUUUAUCAACAGAUGAAAACAGACCAUUGUCACCUGAUUCACCUAUACAGCAGUUUAGACCAUUCUUUCCUGAGGGUAGUUUGCCAGUUUCUGGGUAUAGAUCAUGUUCACCCGAAUCGUUGUGUUCUAAUUCCAUCCCUGAGUACAGACGUAUGUCACCUGAAUCUAUGAACUUAGCAUCAGACAUUAGAGAAUCUUCACCAGAUUCAUUUAGUGCAUUCAGACUACUGUCUCCAGAUUCGCCAAUACCACAAUACUCUGGAUUAUUCUGUGAUUUAAUGCCAAUAAUCGAACAUAGAUUAUCAUCUUCUGUGUCUAUGGCUUCAUAUAAUAAUUAUGACGAAGAUGAUUAUGAAUUAAAUGCUGUUAAUCAGACAGUAUCUAGAGCAUCAUCACUUGAUUUAUCAACAGAUGAAAACAGACCAUUGUCACCUGAUUCACCUAUACAGCAGUUUAGACCAUUCUUUCCUGAGGGUAGUUUGCCAGUUUCUGGGUAUAGAUCAUGUUCACCCGAAUCAUUGUGUUCUAAUCCAAUAGAAAAUGAAACAUUUGCUGACAGACUGUUUGUCACUGAACAAAGACCAGAGUCACCUGACUCAUUUCAACCAGAAUUUGAAGCUAGACCCCUUAGCACUGACUCCAUCCCUGAGUACAGACCUAUGUCACCUGAAUCUAUGAACUUAGCAUCAGACUUCAGAGGUUCUUCACCAGAUUCAAUUAGUGCAUGUAGACCACUGUCUCCUGAUUCGCCAAUACCACAGUACUCAACAAUGUUGGUUGAUUUACCAUUAGUUACAGGAUGUAGAUCAUCCUCUCCUGAGUCUAUGGCUUCAGAUAAAGAUUAUGUGGUUAACUUUCUCAGUUUUAUAGAUUCUGAUCUUAGACCAUCAUCUCCUGACUCGGGUUCAAUAGAUGAGAACACACGAUUAUCACCUGACUCACCUAUCCAAGAAUUUAGACCAUAUUUCUUUGAGAGUACUCUUCCAGGUCCUGCUUAUACAUCAUGUUCACUUGAAUCAAUAUGUUCUAAUUCAAUAGAAUAUGAAACAAAGAAUGUGUCACCAGAGUAUGUAAUGUCAGUAUUGAAUAUGAGAAGAGUCUCACUAGAUUCAGUUAACUCAAGUAGACAACUGUCUCCAGAAUCACCAACACCACAGUAUUCAACAAUGUUGGCUGAGUUGCAGACAGUAACAGGACAUAGAUCACCCUCUUCUGAAUCAAUGGGGUCAGAUGAAGAUUAUGAGUUUAAUGUUUACAGUGCUGCACAUUCCGAUGAUAGACAUUCAUUACCUGACUCAAUAGAAUCAGUAGAUGUGAACACACGAUUAUCGCCUGACUCCCCUAUCCAAGCAUUCACACCAUCUUUCUCUGAGUGUGCUCUGCCAAUUUCUGGAUUUAGAUCGUGUUCACCAGAAUCGGUUGAUUCUAAUUCUAUACAAUAUGCAUUGUUUCCAGGAGUUGACCAGAGGUUAGUCUUAACUGAUUCAUUUAUAGAUAAUUCAGUCAAAUCAGACUCUAUACUCAGAUACAGAGCUAUGUCACUUGAGUCAGCGAUAUUACAAUCUGAUAUCAGAGGAUCUUCACCAGAUUCACUAUGUGCAUGUAGACCACUGUCUCCAGAUUCCCCAAUACCACAAUACUCAGCAAUGUUCUGUGGACUAGUUCCAAUUACAGGAUAUAGAUCUUCAUCACUUGAGUCUUUGGCAUCAGGUUCAGAUUGUGAGUCAAAUAUUUUGAAUUUCAUGACUUCUGACUAUAGGGCCUCACCUGAAUCUUUAGCAUCAUUAGUUCAUAAUGAGCACAUACCUCAAGAUUCACCCGUACCUGAUUUUGGAUCUCCACAAUGUAUACUUACAGGUUUUGGGUAUAGGUCAUGUUCACCUGAUUCAAUAUAUUCUAAUUCAAUAGAAAAUGAAUCAUUACCUGGAGACCUGUUUACUGUUGAGCAAAGGCUAGAAUCACCCGACUCAUUUCAAUCAGAAUUUGAAGCUAGACCCCUUAGUCCUGACUCCAUCCCAGAGUACAGACCUAUGUCACCUGAACCUAUGAUCACUGCUUCAUAUGUUAGAGUAUCUUCACCAGAUUCAUUUAGUGAAUGUGGAAGACUGUCUCCAGAUUCAGCAGUACCACAGUAUUCAGAAUUGUUUUAUGAGCUAAUACCAGUAAUAGGACAUAGACUGUUCUCUCCUGAAUCUAUGGCUUUAUAUAACAAUUAUGAGGAAGAUUAUGAUGAUUAUGAGUUACAUGUUCUUACGGGGACAGUGUUUAGGGCAUCGUCACCUGAUUCCAUGAAAUCACUAGAUGAAAACAGGCCAUUGUCACCUGAUUCACCUAUACAGCAGUUUAGCUCAUUUCCUGAGGGUAGUUUUCCAGUUUUUGGGUAUAGAUCAUGCUCACCUGAAUCGGCAGGUUCAAUUUCAGUAGAAAAUGAAACAUUUUCAGGAGACUUGUUUAUUGUUGAGCAAAGGCCAGUGUCACCUGGCUCUUUUCAGUCAGAGUUUGAACAUAAACCUCUUAGCCCAGACACCAUCUCAGAGUAUAGGCCUAUGUCAGCUGAAUCCUUGAUUGUAGCAUCACACUUUAGAGGAGCCUCACCAGAAUCAUGUAGACCACUGUCUCUAGAUUCACCAGUACCACAGUACUCAACAAUGUUUGCUGAUUUAGUUUUAGUAACAGGACAUAGAUCAUCCCCUCCUGAGUCCAUGGCUUCAGAUAUAGACUAUGAAGUUAACAUCCUCAGCACCGAAGAUUCUUAUUAUAGGUUAUCAUCUCCUGACUCAAAGGCAUCAAUAGAUGAGGAAACACGAUUAUCACUUGAUUCACCUAUCCAAGCAUAUAAACCAUCUUUCCUUGAGAGUACUUUUCCAGUUUCUGGAUAUAGAUCAUGCUCACCUGAAUCGAUAUGUUCUAAUUCAAUAGAAUAUGAAUUAUUUAAUAUGUCACCACAGUCUAGAAUCUCAGCAUCAGAGAUUAGAGGAUCUUCACCAGAUUCAAUUAGUGCACAUAGGCCACUGUCUCCUGAUUCACCGAUACCACAGUACUCAACAAUGUUGGAUGAAUUAGUGUCAGUAACAGGGCAUGGCUCAUCCUUUCCUGAAUCUGUGCAUUCAGCUGAAGAUGAUGAGUUUAAUGUUUUCAAUUCUGUGCCUUUUGAUUAUAGAAUAGCUUCACCUGAUUCAGUAGUAUCAGCAGAUGAAAAUAGGCCACUCUCUCCUGGCUCAGCUACAUCAAUUCCUCAGUUUCAAGAGACCAUCAAAAUGGUGCCUGAAUACAAACUUGUAUACAAAACUAUUCCUUUGAAUCUUAUAUCUAACAUACAUGACCCACAUUACAAAGGUGAAACGUUCAGUUCCAAAACAGGUGUGUUUGAAUAUAUUGGCUGCAGAAUGGAAAUUGUUCAGACUUGCAAAAUGGAUGAGUCUAAUGGUAUCAGUAAUGAAGGUGUUUAUAAAAUACCAGCUCUUACUCAUGAAUCUGCUCAAAAUCAUAUGCAAUCCCAAACGAUUUUGACUGUUCCUGUUUUGGAAAAUCAAAACACAUUCUCAGCUUUAUCCUUAAAUCAGUCAAUGAAGUACAAUAAGGAAUCUUUUGAAUUUCCUGAAGAAAACUCUGCAGAUUCUAUUACUUGUUAUACACCUGAUGGGCACGAAUGUCUGGAAAUUUCAGAUGACUUAAGAGCUUCAUCACCAGAGUCUAUUAGAUCUGAAAAUGAAUUCAGACCUUUCAGCCCUGAUUCACCUAUUCCUGAGCAUAUGUCUUUAUUACCUUAUACAUUGAUUUCUCAGUAUAAAGGUCGACCCCCUUCCCCAGAAUCUGUGUCUUCUGUAAAUGAAUUCCAAAGACUUUCCCCAGACUCUCCUAUACCCGAAUUCUCAGCACAUUCACCACUUCCAUCAGAACAUAAUGUUCAGCUGUCAGUCACAAAUUUAACACACAUAUCACCAAUAAUGUCUGAUAUAUUGUCUUCAGAAUAUGCAUCGGUUUGGCUAGAGACUAAACAAAGACCAGCAUCACCUGUUUAUGAAUUGUCAGAAUGCAGAUCAAGAUCAAUAUCACCACCCACAUUUUCCUUUGAGUCGACAUAUAGAUUUCCAUCCCCUGAAUCACUGAGAGAAUUUGAACCCAAUGCACCAAUUACUCCUGACUCUCUGAUAUUUGAUAUUGAUUGUCGCCCAGAAUCCCCUGAGUCAGUAACAUCUCAAACACAGUGUAAUGACUCCAUGAAAGACAACCAAUUUGUCUCUGAGCCAGAAAAAGAAGAAAUGAUUAUCAAACCUGGAGAGUCACCCCCUCCAGUGAUCAACAAAGUAAUAAAAAUGAUUGCAGAUGACGGAGAUGGUAGAAAUAUGUUAAGAAUCCAAGAAGAAGAUCAGAGAAUUAACGUAGUUAAACAGGAUUUGGUGCUUCAACACAAGCAGAGCCUUGAAGCAAGAUAUGACAGACUUACCUCUGAAAUAGGCCAGCAGGAAUUCAAAACAAGGGCUCUGCAGGAUAUCGUUUCAGAAAAGGAUAUUCAGUUGAAAAAUCAGAGUAGAGAAAUAAAAAAUAAAAAUAUCAGGGUCAGUGAGGAAGACUCCUCACAAGUCCAAAACCAAAGCACCAGUGCAACCAUUUUAGAACAAAAUGCAAUUGGGUCAUCCUUGACCAGUGAAGGUAACAUACAGCCAGGUGUAAGUGACCCAAAGUCACUAGACUAUAUACCUGAGGGAAGAACAGUUGUUAGUGCUGAUCUGGAAAAUGUACGUCCUGUGAUAUCCCUCAAGCAUUCACUUGAGCAUCCAAUGGAAUCAUCUGGAUUAUGUGAAAUACAUAUGACUUCUUUCCAUUUCAAUCACCAACAAUCUCACAGGACAGUAACUCCUAAUUUGUCUAUUUCAAGUUCUCCCUCCUCUGAUUGCAGAGAUGUAUUGUCAAGUUCUGUGAGAAUACCUUUUGUAGGCAGCAGGGUGCUACCCACUGAUCUGGGUCCUGUGACAACUAUUUUUAGUAAAUUAUGUUCUAACCAAGAGCUGACUACCAAUUCACAAUUAUCCAAUGAGAACAACCAUUUUGAGACUUUUCACCAUGUAGUUUCUGAAUUUGAGAAACCAGUAUCUCCACUUAGUACUGAUGACUCAGAUUUAGUCGCUGGUGGAAUAUGUAACAUGGAAAUUGCUUUGGCUCCUACAUCAUUUGAGACAUCUCACUCUACAGAUGGUAGUCUGAUGGAUGUUGAUCUGAAAAAAGCCAAGCCAAGGCCUGUCCAGUCAGAUAGUUUAGAGUCAGAUAAUGAGUUCUAUGAUUGUCAGCAAACAUUUUCAGAUGUAUCUGAACCAGAAUUACGAUCAGAAGACAUUUUUGGUCCUGAGACUCUUUACCAUGUUGAAGAAUUCCCAUCUUUACCAAACACUCCAGCUUAUGACUAUUUAUUGGUCACAUCCAAAAUAACAGAAAAGUCAGAAGUAGACAGCCAAGAUAGCCCAUGUCCUGUAUCUUGGGGAAGUGAGGAAAUUGAUUUGCCCCUUGUUCUUGAGCCAGAGGAUGAAUGUGUAGAUGAGCAUGAUGAAGAGGUAGAAUAUCCUUAUGGGUAUGCAGAUGAGCACUCUUAUGCUGAAGAGCUACCACCAAGGCAGGGAGGCCUAUAUGAUGAAGACGAUGAUUCUCUAGGAAGGGGAGAUGAAUUGCCAGAAAUUUCCCCUUACAAAGUGACUGAGGAGCAAUACACAGAUGAGCAUGGAAACAUAGUCACCAAAAAGAUCACAAGGAAAAUUAUCCGCAAGUAUGUGUCUGCCGAUGGAAUAGAGCGAGAGGAAGUGAUGCAGGAGGGAACUCAGCAAGAAGCCAUCACUGUAGAUGAGGCUGAUUGUUUUUCCAAAGUGUUAAAAAGGACUGUAGUGAAGAGUGCAGGCGACCAGACUGAGGUGACGUUUUCUGAGGCGGCACCUGUUGGCAAGGUAACAGCCUCCGGGUAUGAAGGAGAGAGUGCAGACGGUCGUAAAGUAAGCAAGGUCAUCAAAACCAUGAUGGUGCAGGGUGAGAGGAUGGAAAAGCAAAUCGGUGACCCCUCGUUGUCAGCAGACCUUCCCUCAGCAAAAGAAGACUUUGAAACGGCUUUGAGUUAUGCAGGAGGCUUUGACAAAGUUGUCUUGCCUCAUUUAGUGGAGAAAGAGAUUAUGAAGGAGGAUGGAUCUAUGAUCAGAAGGACCCGCAUGCGUAAGGCACGCACUCAGAAGAAGACUGUGGUGAGGGACGGCCAGAGCAAACAUAUCCACCUGGAGCGACUGGAGGACACUCCGGAGUCCCUACAACCUGAUGACCUGCAGCAGCACCUACACCAACUGCUCCAACGCUACUGCACACCAGAAGUGGAAGAGGAGGAAGAGGAUGAAGAGGAGGCUGAGGAGGUGAAGGAGAAAGAUGAAAAGCAGGACACAAACGACUGAUUUUCUAUUACCUUUUCAUUUAUUUGUGCUGUGGCAAGCCUCCCAAAAACCUUGGCAGAAUAGAUCAGAUUGUGACCCAAAUCCUCUGUUGUCACUUCGUCUCUCACCAUCACCAUGACAGUGACUUCCCCUGUUCUGGACCCUUCUUUUACUUUUAUUUAUUUAUAUGUUAAUUUUUUUUCCUCCGUUGCAAAACAGGAAAGAUUUGUGUGUUAGAAUUUUUUUUGUUCAUGCAAAUUUUUUCUAUUUUUCUUACUUUGUGACCAAAGAUUUUACCUUAUUUUAAAUUAACAUAAUCUUAAAUAUGGGGAAAAAACAACUAAAAAUCAUCCUGGACAUUACUCAUUCACAAACCCCUUGUUUUUAAGAGCAGAACACAAGAUAUGUAAAAAGAUCAAAAAUGAAAAAUAUUCCAAUAUGCACAAAAACAUACUGCGGUUACGGUUAAUUAGCUCAAAUUCUGUCCACAGGUUUUGAUAACUUGACCCUUAAACGUCUGUUACUGGGCCAUGUUUACUGUACACCACAAACACAGGUUACCAUUUGGACAGUAUUGAGAUCAUGUUUAAAAAAAAAAAAAGAAAAAAAAAAAGAAAUAUGGAGCGAAUUGUGUUCUGUGUGGUUCAUCACGAUACCCAGAAUGAGCUUGAGCAAUUUGUAUGUAGUAUAAAUGUAAAUUCAUAUAUAUAUAAAAAAAGAUGCCAGAUGCUAGCUUUUAAUGUGCUUUCUGGGUCAUACUGAAUGAAAGCUAGGCACAUUGUUCCUAACACAUGCUUGUUUUUUUUUUUUUUUGCUGGUCCUUCACAUAUUGUUACAGUAUAAAGAGCGACAACAGCUUUGCACAGUGGAUUCAGUCUGCCCUAUUUACUCUGUGUGUGUGUGUGUGUGUUUGUGUUUCUUCACCAUGUUAACCUCCUGUCACAACACUGCUACUCUUCAUCUGCACGUAAGAAAGAAGCGAUCAUUAAAAGUAACUUUAUCAGACAAUAAGUUUGCUCCCUCCAAUUUUUCACCAUGUUCCCUAACACGAUUAAAGUAUAGCUGUAGAUAAUGACUUUAAAAGCUUAACCAAAAUCCUAAUGUGUUUGUAGACUUGAUCUCAUUCUCUUCCAUACUGACACAAGAGCAAAAUUAAUAUUGAGAAUUUCACAGCACUGUGAACAGGAUAGUUGAUUAAGGAAGGUAAAAGUUUUUGCAUUUGUUUUGUUGCAUGUAGUACAAAAUUAAAGACGUUGAACAAAAUCAUUCUUUAGUAUUUCACUGUGGCGUCAACGCUAGAUCGAUUCCCCUGUAAUAAACAUUAACUAAGAAGAGUGCUAUAAAUGAUCCUUGUAAAAUAAUAACAUGGACUUCAUAUGAAUUUGCUUUUUUUAUUCUAUCACAUUUACUAGUGUUAGUAAUAAUACUAUGGACUUUAGGAAGAGAAAACGUAAAUCCAAACAAACAGUUUUAUUUAAAUUACCUGCAUGUUUUACAUUAUUUGAAAAAUAUUUUGUUUUUUAUUAUUAUUAUUUUUUGUGUGUGUUUCUUAAGUGCCUCCGGUAAGCUUCCACUGGUCAUAAAUAGUGGAAAUGUAACUGCAGGAAAUUUCUAUCGAAAGUCCUAAAAGAGAAAAGCAGACAACAACAAAAGAAUAUUAUAAGUAGCAGUGCAGUGACACUGAUCUGCAUUUAGAGUCUCUGUAAACUACAACAAACUCUAAUUAACCCCACCUCCUCUCCAGGUUGUAGUCAGCUGUUGAUUAUGCUCUAGUUGUGAGAUGACCAGUCAUACAGUCACACAAAAAAAAAACAACUAAAAUGUGAUGAAAAAGUAAGAGGACAUAUCAUAGCUACACCAAUUGCUGCAAAAGUUUUAAUAAUUACUGAGAAGUACCGUAGACGGCUAAAGGAGGACUGUAAGAAGUGUAAACUACAAUCCCUCGCCUUUGGGUUGUGGCGAGUCGUUAUCCUUUAACAUAUCUGAUUAUGGUUGUAGUGGUAGCAGUUUUAUUAUCUUCUCAUGUUUUGUGAAUUUGUCAGAUUUGAUGGUUUAUUUACAGUGACAGACAUGUUGGUUAUGAUGACCACAAAAGUACAACCUCCAUCUCAACCAAGAAGGCAUGAGUAACAACUAAUCCCAUCUGAUACCAUGUUUUGUUGACUUCUUCACUCCCACAUUUUGUUCAAUGCCCAUAGAGAAUGUGUACAAGUGUGUAUGUGAAACUUUCAGUGGUCUUUAUGAGUAGCAAGUUAAUCUUUUUCUAAUGGACAUUUAGCAUGUGUACUAUAAAGCCAUUCUUGAAAUUUAUUUCAAGCUUCAAAUACAAAUCCUGUGUGUAAUUCAUUGGGGUGGUCUGGGGAGGUGUGCAGCCAGACUCUGAGUUAAGCUGAUUAAUAAUUUAUGCGGCACAGGACAUUUACUGUUUGAAAACAACGGCUGUUUCAUGAAUAAGCAUCUUGUUUCUAGGCUGAUGAACAUCUAUAAAGGCAUGUGUUCAUGACUAAUAAACAAAAACAGCAGCUGCAGUGUAUAAAUGAUGGAUAAUAAAUGAUAUCAUGUAGAUCA